GGUUUUCUAGGGUGGAUGCCUCUACUUUCACUUCCCGUAGUCAGAGUCAGAGCAGCAGCAGAGUUGUCGGGGCUUUGUCGAACCCGAACGAACGACGACCGACGCACGGACGAAACGGUAGCGGCAUUAGGAGCAGGAAGCAAAACAAAGUUUCGAAACAAUUUCAACUGACAGUUGUACACAGUUGAAAAUAGCAAGGAGCAGCAAUCCAAAACACAAACAUCACUACUUUGUUUUUUAGACUUUCUAUUUUUCUCUUGAUGUGUACAAAAGGACGAAGGAGCCAACUACGACGACAACGACGAUGACAGUGUGUACUCUUUAUAAUAUAAAAAUAAAUAAAAACAUUCAAGAAGAACUGAAAGAGGACAAUUUUAUAUUAGAAGGUGUGCCGCGGCUGAGGAUAACGACGAAGACGACGAUGACGACGAGGAAUAGGAUAAGGCAGAGGACGUAGGCAGUAAGGCAGCGACAUUUUCAAGAUUUUUUAAAAACAAGACGAACAAUGUUGUUUAGUGUUUUACAGUCUGAAAGUGGUAUGCUCGGGAUGUACAUCACAAAACAGUUAAAAUUGUCUUAGUGAAAUCAAAGGCCUCGUAUGAACAAAGCUUGUCAUUUUGUUAAUUUUCUAAACUGAGAGACGACUUAGUGCUCUGUAGAAGACUUUAUAAGUUAAGUUUAGAGCAAAGUGUUUACACGAAAUGCAAUUGAUAUUGAAAGGUUUUCCAAGGACUAUAAGAUUGAUGAAAUAUUUGAAAUAUUUAAGCAAAAUUAAUUUUAACUCUCAUUGGAUGUGCUGAAAUACCGAUUUGAUUUUCGAAUGAGCGCCUUAUUACUCGUAUUUUGGGAAGCCUAAGAAAAGUCAUUGACAUGACGAAGUGUGUUUCGAGGAUACGGUUUGCACUUAAAAUGGCUCUCGCUGUAUCUCUGCGUAGGGCGCUACUCAUGCUGCUCACUGCAACAAUUUUCAUAUUGGUUGUCUUAUACUGGAACCAAGGUGCAUUAAAACAUCAAUCUUUUAUAAGUACAUUUGAAAAGUCCAUUAAAAACCGUGCCGAAAUGAAUAUGUACACUAUACCAUCCGAAAAGACCUGGACGUAUAAAUGUGAAGGAGACAAAUGUGUCCGAUAUCAUUAUCUCACCGAAACACCAAACGAAAAGAGAGUACCAUUUUUAAAUUGUGCAAUGACUUGUGGUGAUAUAAAUAUUUGGCCACAUCCAACAAUAAAAUCAGCAGUUACCUCGAAAUCUUUGAAAUUUACUUCCGAAGAUAUCAUCGUCACCAUAGAUACGCCAUUCCGUAAUGUUGAUACAUUAUUUCGCAGUUCAUUUGAUCUCUUUGUCAAGGAUUUGAGGCAUAUUCAAAAACUAGACUAUAAAGAUGGCGGAAGUAGUGUUAGUAGUGUAGUUAGUAAUAAAAAUAGCAACACAAAUAGCUUAAGUAAUAAUGAACAAACAACCCAUGAGCAUAGAAAUAGUUUUGUACCGAAACAACACCGAGAAAACUGUGAUAUUGAUAGCUUUGAAGUUGAAGUGGCAAUUAAAAAGUCUGGAGACACAAAUUUAGGAUUCGAAACCGAUGAAAGUUAUAAUAUAACAACUUUAUAUGACCAACGAAAGCUAACUGCCAAAAUCAAUGCUAAUUCUUUUUUCGGAGCACGCCAUGCUCUAUCAACUUUGCAACAAAUGAUUUGGUUCGAUGACGAAGACAAUGUGCUGAGAAUACUUUCGAAGUCAUUAGUAAUUGAUGCACCAAAGUUUCGAUAUCGUGGAGUCAUGUUGGAUACUUCAAGGCAUUAUUUUUCAGUAGAAUCUAUAAAACGCACUCUUUCUGCAAUGUCUCUUGCAAAAUUAAACCGAUUUCAUUGGCACAUUACCGAUUCACAGAGUUUUCCUUUUGUUUCGAAAUAUUAUCCAGAAUUAGCAGCACACGGAGCCUAUUCGGAACGUGAAACUUAUACAGAUGAAGAUAUUAAAGAAAUAUCAACAUUUGCAAAACUAAGAGGAAUUCAGGUCAUCCCUGAAAUAGAUGCACCAGCUCAUGCAGGUAACGGAUGGGAUUGGGGACCAAAACGAGGAUUGGGUGAAUUGAGUCUCUGUAUUAACCAGCAGCCAUGGAGUUUCUACUGUGGUGAACCACCCUGCGGCCAACUGAAUCCAAAAAAUAACAACACAUAUCUCAUUCUACAAAAACUCUACGAAGAACUCCUAAAUCUAACCGGUCCAACGGAUUACUUUCACCUGGGUGGCGAUGAAGUGAACUUAGAAUGCUGGGGGCAAUAUUUCAAUGACACCGAUUUACGUGAAAUGUGGUGUGACUUUAUGCUUCAAGCUUUGGGACGCCUGAAAAUAGCAAACAAUAACUCUCUACCGAAAUGGGUGUCGGUAUGGUCGAGUGGCUUGACAAACACCAAAUGUCUCUCGAAAACCCAAUUUGCUGUACAAGUUUGGGGUGGCAGUACAUGGCAGGAAAACUACGAUCUCAUUGAUAAUGGGUUCAGUUUGAUAUUCUCUCAUGUUGAUGCUUGGUAUUUGGAUUGUGGCUUUGGUAGUUGGAGAGCAACAGGUGAUGCUGCAUGUUCACCAUAUAGGACGUGGCAAAAUGUAUAUAAACAUCGACCGUGGGAGAGAAUGCGUUUGGAUAGAUUCAGAAUAAAGCAAGUUCUUGGAGGCGAAGUUUGCAUGUGGACGGAACAAGUCGAUGAGGAGCAAUUAGAUAACAGGCUGUGGCCGAGAGCUGCCGCUUUGGGAGAGAGACUUUGGACAGAUCCUGACGAUGAACAUGACAUGGAUGCUGUUCCAAGAGAAGUAUUUGGAAGGAUGUCAGUUUUUCGUAAUCGUUUAGUUGAACUGGGUAUUAAAGCCGAGCCAAUUUUCCCAAAAUAUUGUGCGCAAAAUCCUGGUGAAUGUCUGUGACCUUAUUAAAAACAAAUACGUUUAAUGAAAUCAAGUUACAAAAAUGACAAAAAAUCUUAAUGAAACUUUUUUUGAAAAUCAAUCAUAGAACAAACAAAAACACAGAUUGGAAGGAAUAGUUAAAGUAAUUUUCUUUUUAAAUUAAAACCUGGUUUAUAAUUCUAAUAAAAGUGAAAUCAAUAAUAAUAAAAAUAUAAUAAAUUAAUUAUAAUUUGCUAACCUGAAAUGUAUUCAUUUUAAGAAAGAAAAUAUGUACCAUCUUUUUUGUCGCCAAAAUAAUUGCAUUCAAUUGAAAAAAAAAAUUGAUUUUCAUGUAAUCAUCUGUUUUUGCUUAGAAGUAUAAACUAGGCUUUAAUUUAAAUUUAGAAAAAAAAAAUUAUAAUAGAUUUAUUAUUUAGUUUUUAAAAAUGAAAACAUUAAAUGGCAAUUAAGAACAAAAUGUAUUAAAUCAAACAAUAGUUAUUUUGUUUUGGUUUUACGAAAUUAUUUUAUUGUGGAGUCUAUUUAAAAUAUUCAUAUUUGUUUAUAUUUUUUUAAAUUGUUGAUUCAAAGCAAUAAAUUGUGAAAUUCCGUAGAUAAAACUAAAAUUACCUAAAUUUGAAAAUAAUUUUUAGAAAAAAAUAUAGAAAAUAUUCAUAAAUUAUUUCAUCGCAAUGAUUAACAAACUACUUUUUUGAAAUUUCGAAAUAUUUCAUUUACAUUUUUACAUCAAAUUUACAAAUACACUUUUUCUUCAAGCUGGUCAAUAAAAUAGGUAACGAGAUUUGAAAAACAUUCAGCAAUUUUAAAAAGUUACCUUUUUUGAAAAUAUUACUUAAUCGAAGUACGUAUUUAUGACUUUCAAUUUUCUUAAUUUUAGAAAAACCGAUUCACUUCGGUUAUUUGUUUUACUUCUUUACUAAAAAUUUAGGUUUUCCAAACCACUUGUAUUUAAAUUACACACAAAACUCUUGUGUGCAUUUUAUAAUCUCUCAUAAAUUUUAUCUACGAUAAUAGUAAUCAAUUGCCCUUUGAACAUAUAUUUUUGGCCAGCAGUUUAUAUAUAUAUAUAUAUAUAUGAGUUUAAUGAUGUAUAUAUCUUUAGUUUGAUGAAAAUAAAAAAACAAAUAAGUUCAAAGUUCAAUACAUCAAUUUAAAUGCAAAUUAAAUUCAUAAAUUGAAUAAAUUCAUCAAUUUCAGUAUAUUGAGUCUUCCGAUUGAACUUUGUUUUGUACUUGAAAAGAAAAUAAAGGAACAAAAAUACGUUUUUUAUAAAUCAAAAAAUCAUUUUAUUCAUAAUUCAUGCCUAUAGUUUAAUAACAUUCAUAAAUAAUGCUGUAAAAAGUUAAAACUUAACAAAAUUGUCGUUGUUUGUACUAUUUUUUUAUUUUGUCUCUUGUAGUAAUUUCUUGAACACACCAGAUGGUUUAAAUUAUUCCAAACAAUUGACCAAUGGAAGCAAAUUUAAAAAAACCUAUAAAUAAAAUUUGUUUACUUAAACAAGAUAAAGAAAACUCAAGGACAUUGAUCACAAUAGUCUAUGUAACAAUCGGUAAAAGCUGGUUACCAAAAACUAACAAUUGGUCUUUACUAAAAGCUUGAUUCAAUAUCUUUUGAACUAUCGUCCACCAGCAAAAUCAAUUAUUUCUGUUUAACCUCCAUCAAUAUGUUAAAUAAACUGCCUUAAGAAGGAAAAUUCUUAAAACUGGUAACUCUAAACAGUGUCUUUCAUAAUCUGAAUUAUGUUUUUGGUGUUUUUUGUUUCGAAUUUUUCAGAACGCAACCAUUUUACAAUACAAAUCAAAAAAUAAUAAUCCAUACGAACAAAAGCACUACACAGUGAAAUUUUAAAUUUAACAUUCCAAUUCUUUCAUCUUUUUUUUAUAAAUAAGUUCAUGCAAUUAACAAAUCAUUUGAAAUUGAACAUUUGCCGUUUAAAUACUUGACCCAACAUUUUCCAUUUUUAACAAUAGUUAAACCAUAGAAUUUAAGAGAAUACAGUACAUAAUUUUUAAUUCCAUAACCAUUAAAAAAAAGAUCUAUUUCACAUUUAUAGUUCAAGAAAUGGGAAGCUUACAAAUUUGGAUAUUAACAAAAAGUAUUUUUAAUUUAAUAUUAUUCAUAUCAGUACCAAUUUAUUUAGUUUAUUGCAACAGAACUCACAAUGUGUGUUUUGAUUGUAAGCUAUCUAUUUUUUUUUUCGAAUACAAUAUUUUGGAAUUGAAUGGAAUUUUUAUUUCAAAUACUAAAUUUUAUUGUUAACUAAUGCUUUUCUUAAACUUCUUUCUAUGUUAUUAUAAACUACAAGUAAAAAUAAAUAAAAAUAAUAACAUUAUUUGUUUCACUAAAUCUAUACUGAAAUCAAAGUUUUUGUUUUUGUUUCAAAAUUUACAAAUCUAAAAUUUCUAAAACCUAAAAUGGGAAUUUAAUAAUUCAGCAUUUCAAAUCUAAAAUUUAUUCAAAUAAUAGACAAUGCAUAUUGUUAAAGACAAAAAGAAGCCAAACAAAUAAAAUGUAACAAAAAAUAUUUUAAAUAAAUGAAUCAAAUAUUUUGUAGUAAUUUUCUAAAACAAACUUUAUUUCUGAUCUUUAUACAUUAUUUAAGCAAAACAAACAAAAAUAUUUAAAAUAAAAACAAAAUUGUUAUCCUUUCAUAUUAUUGUUUCAACUUAUUUCAAAGUAGAAAUAUACAAAUAAAUAAAUGUUGAAACAGAAAGCAUCAAGCAAAAAAAAAACAAAAA